CUCGGUGCCUGGCUGCCGUCUGGUGCUUUGGAGGCUGGGUGAUGGGCGUCGCUCUAGGUGUCGCCUCCUUUCGAGGUCCGGUUGCACGCGCGCGCCAUGGAGACCGGAUGCUGGGUGCUGGGCGGAGAAUUUGAGGACUCGAUGUUCGAGCAGAGGCCGGAGCGCCUGCCUGAGCCGCCCUCCCCCUAUGGCGCCAAGCUCUGCGAGCCGCAGUGGUUUUUUGAGGAGACAGAAUGUAGUGACGAUACCGAAGUUCUCACUCUCAAGAAAUUCAGAGGGGACCUGGCCUACAGACGACAGGAAUAUGAGAAAGCACUGCAGGAAUACUCCAGUAUCUCCAAACAGUUGCCAUCUACUAAUUUUGCCAUGAAAAGGGAUGUCCAGGAAGGCCAGGCUCGGUGUCUGGCUCACCUUGGGAGGCAUGAGGAGGCGCUGGAGAUGGCAGCAGACCUGGAAAGCAAAGCAACCAACACAGACCAUCUGACCACGGUGCUCUAUCUCCACCUGGCCAUCUUUUCCAGCCUGCAGAGCUUGGAGAAGACGAUUCUCUGCCUGCAAAAGCUGAUUUCUCUGCACCCUCUCAACCCUUGGAGCUGGUGUAAAUUGGCAGAGGCAUACCUGAAUCCAGGGCCAGACCUGCCAGCAUUGGGUGUGUCACCUCAGGGACACAAGAGUUCUGCCUCAAGUGACAAGGCUGUCAGUCACUCUUCUGUGCACUCGGGAACAGGCUCUCUUUUGUCUUUCCCCACAACCUUGCCUGAGAGCGCACUGCUUUCUGUGGAAGCAAGUGGUUGUACUACUCAGCAGGCCGAGGAGGCUCCAAAGAAGAUGCAGAACUGUCUGGCAACACGGAGGGAAGAAGCACAGAUGGAGGCUCGGCGGAAAGCAUGUGCGUCUCUGAUCCGUGCCAGGCUCUUGCUUCAGCUUGCCCAAUCUCAGCAAACAUCAUUCGCUUUGGAGAAGAACUUGAGGACUCAGCAGGAAAUUGCAGGGAAAGUGAAGGCGUUCAACUUUAGGGAAGAUACUUUGCUGCUGAUAGAGGAGGCUAUGGGGGAAGAUAUUGUCCCAGAAAAGAUAAAAGAGGAGCUUCAUUCGGAGGUGAAGUGUGUGGGCCCCGCGGCCCUGACUGCCUCCGUGGUUGCGUCCUCCAAAGAAUUUGAAGACAAGUGGUUCAGAAAGAUCAAAGACCAUUUCCGUGCCUUGGGAAAUCAGUUCCACGUGGAGAUUCAGAUCAUCACUCAGGAAACCACUUCAGAACCUGAAUAUCCUUGUUUACUUAGACAAGAUCUGUGCAAUCAUGGAAAACUAAAAUAAAGAGGAUUCUUUAUAUUGUUUAUAAAAAUUUCUCUCCCAAGUAAUUAAAACUAUUUUCAGUUUUG